AUAGAAUUAAAGUGUUGAGUCUCUCAAUCUGGCUUGAGUUUUAACUUUAUUGUUUAUGUUUGUGGAAAACCAUUACUUCUGCAAAAGCUACCUCUUGCAAUUGUUCUCUAUUCCAACCCCUGAGUGCGCCAGUAGUACUUACUUAUUCAGUUCAUGCAUGGCUACUCAGCCUCAAGUGAAGCCAAUCCACUUUUUCAGGAUCAUAACCCUUCAAAAUCUGCAUCAAGGAAAGCUUAUGUUCCCAGAAAAGUUUGUGGAGAAAUAUGGAGAAGGUUUAUCAACAAAUACUCUAUUUCUUAGUACACCAAAUGGUGCUGAGUGGAAAUUGAAUUUGGAAAAAUGUGACGGUAAAAUAUGGUUUCAAAAGGGUUGGAAAGAAUUUGCAGAGUAUCACUCUCUAGCUCAUGGCCAUCUUUUGGUUUUUAGAUGCCAAAGAACUUCCCAUUUUCAGCUACGCAUAUUUGAUUGGAGUGCCUUAGAGAUAGAAUAUCCUUCCAAAAGAAUAGAAUGCGAGACAGGCUCCAAUAAUCAAGGAAAUACAUCUACAAAUGUUGGAAAAUUUGAGUAUCACAGACCAGGCCAAAAGAGAAAAGACAACUCCUCAUUGGAAUUUGUUCAACGAUAUCAAUUGAGAAGUCGUAAUUGUCUUAAAGUUGAGAAGACUGAGAUAUUGCCUAAGGAGAUCCUGCAUCAUACUGGCACAAAGUGCAAAGAAAAAUCAAAGGCUACUGCUAACCAAGUUUCUGCUCUUGAUAGAGCAAGUUCUUUCAAACCUUGUAAUCCGUUCUUCUUGGUUGUCAUGCAUCCAUAUAAUGUCGGUUCUCGAUGUCUAUUGACUUUACCACUUAAGUUUUGUAGGAGACACUUUGAUUUGCACAUGAAGCAGGGACUAAUCAACCUUCAGGUGUUAAGUGGGAGAUUUUGGCCUGCAAAGUUCCUGAUCUAUAUACACGAGACAACAACAAAAGUUAGACUAUCAUGGAGGGCAUUUGUGAAGAACAAUAACUUGAAAGUUGGUGAUGUUUGCACCUUUGAACUCAUUGAUAGAACUAAACUAACCUUCUUGGUUCGCAUCUUUAGAGAGACAGGGAAUUCAAAUUGUUCAACAUCUCAAGAAUCUGGUCAAGUGAGAGCAGCUUGUCAAUUACAGAAAAAAGAGAUGAAAAUCAUCACUACUACCAAAUAAUCAUCGCCAACGAGUUGCAAUUCUCUUGAAGUAGGAUUCAGUACCUCUUUGGAAUACUAGCGAAUAUUUGGCAUUUGUAGAGAUUAGCUGAUACCUGAUGUCAUAUGUUCAAGUGUGGAGAUAAUUUUGGAUUUUUGAAUGAGUUUAUUAUCUUUUCUUAAUAUCUGAAAAGUUAGAAGCUACUUGAUUAUUAUUCUGUUGACAUUUUGCUGUAAAAUUUGUCAAGACCGAGACGUUGU